AGAAGAAGGAGGUACGUCCUAGGGAUGCCGAAUAGCACUAACCUCAAAGUCAAGCUGCUCUAUUCUGUCAUAUCAACGUGAUUCUUUUCGGUCGUAUGUUCUCUUCAUUGUAACUAUUAUAUGUAUUUACGUAUUCAUACAUGAACUGCACAUCGUGUGGAGGCGUCUUUUCAGUUCAAUAUAAACAUAGAGGCUGGCAAGAUAUUUCAACGCUAACGCAUUGCAAAGCUAGUGAAGCUAACUAACUAGCCGAUUUGACAAGACGUUACACCAUGGAGCCCGAAGCACAAAUACGAAACCUGCGGGACUUUCUGAUGGUCUACAACCGUAUGACAGAGAUCUGUUUCCAGAGAUGCACCAGUAACUUCAACUACAGAAGUCUCACCAUGGACGAGGAGCGCUGUGCAGACAGCUGUGCGGGGAAGCUGAUCCGCUCUAACCACCGUCUGAUGGGGACCUAUGUCAACCUGAUGCCGGGGAUGGUGCAGCGCCGCAUGGCUGAGAUGGAGAAGAAGAAUGCUGAGCUGGUCACAGCUGAGGCUGAGGCUGCAGGUGCACUGCAGGGGACAGCUGACUUGGCUGAUCAAAGCCUACCGAUAGCCUCAACCGGGGGUAAAGCCUCCGCUCCUGCCCCGGGGACAGGUGAGGCUGUGACGGCUUCAGAGGUAUCGGUGAUGGCUGGCUCAGUCUUAAAGCCUGCUGUUUUAGAUGUCUCUGCAGACCUGGGUCCAGCUGCUUCACCCGCCACCCCCUCCUCACCUGAACCCCCCUGCACCACCUCUACAGAGGUUAAACUAGCAGCUGCCUCAGAACCACUGGUGCCUUCCUCCCUCUCCCAGGCUGUGAUUGGAGUAGAGCUCACCAGGCUGACUUCUGGCCCAAUUUUAGAGUCGUCCCCUGUUAGAUAUGAUCAAUCCACAGUCACUGCUGUUCCUAGUGCAGCACCAAGUGGUCCCCACCGUAGUAGAUAACCAGGCACCAGUAAUGUUAGUUCCACCCACAUUUACACAUAUGGUGCCUGUAGAGGCGACACCAGCACCUACAAUAGAGGCUCCUAUGGUAACACAGAGAUCAAC